GCUUGAUUUAAAAAGCAAAAUAAAAUGAAAGCUAAUGGGAUUUCCUACCGAGGAUUGUGGAUUAUUUUGAUGUCGGUAUUAUACUUUUUAUUGAUAGUGUGUGUGUGAGCAAAAAUAUCAGAUGGGAAAGCACAAACCUGUAAUUUGGAUUUGAUACAAAAAACUGAAUAAGCAACUCGCGAAAUUUCCUCGUUGUUUUGGCAGCCAUUUAAAAAGGUCUCUCAGCCGUGAUUUGGUUUCUGUUUUCAAACAAAACAUUUCAAAGGACCCGACCAGCCAACCAUCCAACCGACAAAAAAAAAACAGUAACUCAACAAAUCUUAACUUGUCUCGCCGCCAAAUUGAGUAACAUAGUGUCCCCAGACAUUCAUCAUCUGGUUGAAAGCACUGGAGGAGAAAAAACGGAAAAACCCAAAACAUUUACACAAAUUUGUCGACAUCCCUUGCUACUGGAAUGAAUGAAGUAGCGCCCAUACACCAAGUCAACCGAUAAGAAAUAAAAAGUGUAUAGAAUUUUCCAUGUAUGUUCAAUAUUCAGAAUACCAGAAUGAACGAAAACAGUGUUUGACCCAGAAUGGAAAAAAAGCUGGUCCAUUAAUGAAACAUCGCUGAAAUUGUCAGUUUCAGUUUCACAGUACGUAGAACGCCACAGGAGCUUUAAAAUCUAACAAUAUGGACUAACAGAGAGACAAAAAAUCCAUAGUAAAAACAAACAAACAAACAAUUCAGCAAAAUAAAUAGAAGAAGCUCAUGAAAAUAUUUUGAAAAUAAAAUAAAAAGUCAACAACAACUACAACAGCAAGAUUUCAAUGUGGGCGAACGUGUCCCGAUACACUUCGUUGGAGCAGCAAAGUGAAUAACAAGAAUUUGGACAAAACGAAAACAGGAGCAGCAGCAGGGAGUCCGUCAAUGAAAUUAAUUUUAAUGAAAUCAACAAUUAAAGCUUAGACGAAACCAAUUUCAAAGAACAACAUAAUUGAAACAGCUGCGAAAGGGCUGGGGCAGCCAGUGAUUUAAUGCAUCAAAGGAAUUGCAGUAUUAAUUGAAAUAAAGCGAAGCGGAACGAAACGAAACGAAACCUUCUAAACUAUCGUUGGCAUCUGUUUUGCAUAUUUGCAGGAUCUUGCCCCCCUCCUCCUCCUCCUCCAAGCCCUUACUAAUUGCCAGCUCUUAUUAAUCAAAUGAUUGGGAAUGAUUCAACACGAGACUGGUGUACAACAGAGGAUUAUGAAUAAUCUACACCAGACCCUGGCCACAGUUGUAACCGAGACAGUUGCCGCUGUGAUGGCACCCUCCAUUAUGGACAAUAGUAAUCCUGUCCCUUAUAAUAAGCUGGUGACCAUGCCGGUCACGAACACAAGCCACGCGGCGACGACGACCAACACGAGCAUAGCAAACAGAACUAGUCUCAGUAGUGCGAGCAGUGACAGCAUUAUUGUCGGCAGCACCGCCACCAGCCACAAUCUUUCACAGUCGCAUCCUUACGACACAUCGGGUCUAUUUUACUGGAGCGGUGAUGGUGGUGGUGGUGGUGGUGGUGCUGUUGGGGUCAGUGGUGGAGAUGGAGGUGGCCUUGGCAUUAGCAUGAGAGAUGAAUUCAGUCCUGGUGGCUUUGAUCCCUCCUUCGGUUACGAUGCAGACAAUUCAACCUAUUUCUAUCACAAUUUCAAUGGCAGCGAUUUCUCGUUCAGCUGCCAGGACCGAGAUCCCCUCACAAAUCUCACCUAUUGGAAUCUCACCUGUGAUACACCUGUGGAUUAUGUGGUACCAUUGUAUGGUUAUUGCAUGCCGUUCCUGUUAAUAGUCACCGUUCUGUCCAAUUCACUGAUUGUCCUGAUAUUAAGCAAAAAGAAUAUGUCAACGCCAACCAAUUUCGUAUUAAUGGGUAUGGCCAUUUGUGAUAUGUUAACGGUAAUAUUUCCGGCUCCUGGUCUAUGGUAUAUGUAUUCGUUUGGCAACCACUAUAAACCACUGCAUCCGGUUUCACUUUGUUGGGCCUACAAUAUUUUCAAUGAGAUAAUGCCAGCAAUGUGUCACACAGCUUCCAUUUGGCUGACAUUGGCUUUGGCCGUACAAAGAUACAUUUAUGUGUGUCACGCUCCCAUGGCCCGGACAUGGUGUACAAUGCCGCGCGUGAAGCGCUGCACCAUUUACAUAACAUUAGCUGCCUUUCUACAUCAAAGUACGCGAAUAUUUGAUCGCAGCUAUCAGGCGCUGACAAUUGAAUGGAACGGCCAAAUGGUGGAGGUGUGUCACGUCGACAAUGCCCGCUGGGUGCAAGAGUUUGUGGGUGAAGAUCUCUAUUAUACGUUCUUCUUUCUCUUUCGGGUGCUGUUCGUCCAUUUGUUGCCCUGUAUAAUACUAGUCACUCUCAACAUAUUACUGUUUCGGGCAAUGCGCAAGGCCCAGGAACGAAGAAAAUUGCUGAUAAGUGAAAAUCGCAAAAAGGAGUGUAAGAAACUGCGCGAAAGCAACUGUACCACCUUAAUGUUAAUUGUCGUCGUCACUGUGUUCCUAAUCGUCGAAAUACCCAUAGCUGUGGUCACAGCCAUGCACAUUGUUUCGUCGCUGACAAAUAAUUUUCUGGACUAUGAGAUAGCCAAUAUUUUUAUUACUUUCACCAAUUUCUUUUUGGUUGUAAGCUAUCCGAUUAAUUUUGGCAUUUAUUGCGGCAUGUCGAGGCAAUUUCGUGAAACAUUCAAGGAGAUUUUCCUGGGGCGUAUGGUGGAGCCGCAUUCGCGCUACUCCAUUGUCAAUGGACCACGCACCUGCACCAAUACCAAUGAAACGGUCAUCUAG